AUGGAGCUGACGGGGGCAAUCUCUAUUAAAGAUAAGCUUCAAAAAGGAGUCCCUGAGGCCAUCGAUACACUACGCAGAGCAAAUAUCAAGCUUUGGAUACUAACAGGCGACAAACGCGAGACGGCAGUCAGCAUUGGACAUUCCUGCCGCCUUCUGCUUUCUCAUCCAAUUAUGAUUAGUCUCGAUGAAAGUAACUUCCGUCUGCAUCUGGCUGAUGUGACAGAAAAGGUAUCCAAGGGACAAAUCCUGAGCUUUUCCAUCGUCGUUGAAGGCUCAGCACUGUCUUCAUUCGAGUAUGACGGGCUUUCCGUGGACAACUUCUUUAGACUUGUAAUUCUUGCCGAUACGGUAAUAUGUUGCCGUGCGAGUCCUAAACAAAAGGCGUUCCUCGUGAAGACAAUCCGCAGAUAUUCCCGAAACACUACAACUCUCGCGAUCGGCGACGGUGCGAAUGACAUUGGCAUGAUACAGGAGGCCAACGUAGGUAUUGGAAUAGCAGACAAGGAAGGGCUGCAGGCCGCCAGAGUGUCUGAUUAUUUAAUAGCGGAAUUCCGCUUCCUCGUAAAACUUCUCCUCGUUUAUGGACGAUGGAACUAUAUCCGGAUCUGCAAGUUUACUCUGGCCACGUUCUGGAAAGAAGUGGUCUUCUACACAACACAAACCUUGUACCAACGUCCCAAUGGGUACACCGGAGCCAGUCUGUAUGAGCCCUGGGACCUCGGUCUCGGUUGUUCUUCUUGGAGUACCCACGAAGGAUCUCUCGGCUUCUACGCUUCUUGCCUUUCCCGAGCUCUAUGCGACCGGCCAGCAGCAUAG